AUGGCUGUUUACCCAUUCGAUCGUGUGCGAGCAGGUCGAGAAAUCAGUCGAGGAAGAAAUCCGAGCGCACGAAUUGUCGGUGUGAAAUAUGGACAAGGCCCUGAUGGUCGUACGGACGGCUCUACGGAAUUUUACGGAAGACCUAACAGCUACGUGGAAAUCCCCAACCGUGGGAAACUGGACGCGAGGUAUUCCAUAACUUUCUUAAUCUGGGUGUACCAUAAUGGCCGCAAGGGACCAAUUGUAAACUACAAUCCGAAUGGCUACGGCGUUCAUCUGUGGAUGACGAGUUAUCGGCAGCUAUUUCUUCGUUUUAUGCGCCGCGACGGACGCACAACUCGCCCCUUGAGAAGCAAUCGGUUAAAGUACCGAGCUUGGAAUUAUGUUGGUGCUACUUAUGACGAACGAUCUGGUAUUGCUACGCUGUGGUUGAAUUCUCAGCCGGUAGCAAGACGGCGUUUGGGUAGAGUGCGUCUCUCCACAAACUAUCCUAUCAGACUGGGAGCCAUCAGGAGAAGUCGCAACUAUUUCAAAGGAAGGAUCUUCUGCUUACAGCUUUACAGCGUCGCGUUGACAAGAAAACAGAUCUUUGAAGCUAAAAGGAAGUGCUUUUUGCCAGUUCCUAAGCCAACGACGCCGGUCACCAAACCAACAACUCCGCCUCCGAGAGUUUGCAAAGCCCGCAUCGACCUGGGAUUCCUUAUCGAUGGCUCUCGCCGAACUGGAUCCGUCACUUUCCGGCGCAUUAUCGAAUACGUAAAGGAAAUGGUCAGGCGAUUUGAUGUCCAGAGAUCGCAAACUAGAGUAGCUCUAACCCUUUUCGCUUCAAGCCAGCGGCUGGUUUUCCGCUUUGGCAAAUCGUACAGUAGAGCGCAAGUGUACCGAGAGCUUAAAAAGUUGAGUUUGUUGCGUGGAAGGCGAAGAAAUACAGCUCGAGCCCUGAUGUAUGUUAAGAGACAUAUGUUCCGAGGCAAACCCACAUGCGGCAGGAGAAGAGUACUCGUACUGGUAACUGCUCGUGAAACACGUGACAAUGUGGUGCGUCCGGCAAGAAUCUUGCACGCUGCCGGUAUUGAAGUGUACACAGUCGGCCUUGGUCGGGUUAGUGUGCGAUACUUGAGGAAAAUCGCUACAGACCGGUUCCACGUGUUUGUUAAGAAUGCACAGAGCUUAUUGACUAUCGUGAGAACCAUCAAGGACAGGAUGUGCCACUCCCCAGUCAUCAUUUCUAGAGGAGCUGUAGCCACGUAUCCCUUCACAAGUGCAGUACGAGGCGGUGACAUCAGUCAAUACAAGAACCCUCCCGCACGACUUGUAGGUGUUUCCUACAUCCAGGGACCUGACGGACACCCGAAGGGAGCUUACUACUUCCCAGGAAGAACUCGAAUUAGGGGAAGAACGAGAGUAAGCUAUGCCGUUCUCCCGAACAAUGGUUGCCUUGACACACGGUACUCGCUGACGAUGAUACUCUGGGUGUAUCCUGAAUCUCCAGGACCUUUGAUUCAUUUCAAUCCCAAAGGAUGGGGAGUCCAUCUGUGGGCAACCCGUCUCACUCAACUCUACUUUCGGCUUAUUCCAAGGAGUAGGACGGGCCGCAGAGUGAAAGCUUUGAUUGGUCGCGGGCUCAAACCCAGGACAUGGAACUACGUUGCAGCUAGUUACAACCACCGCACCGGUUUGGCGACUCUCUGGUGUAACGGCUACCCGAUUGUUCAAAGAAAUGUUGGCCGAUUCCCAAGUGGGCUGGCCACCAAUUAUCCCAUAAUGAUCGGUCGUAAGCCUCACUCUCGUCAUGUGUUUCGUGGACGAAUCGCGUGUCUGCAACUGUUCAACGUGGCACUCACGCGACCUCAGAUCAUCGCCUUAAAAAAGAAAUGCUUUCGACCAAUUCCACAACCCCCGGCCACUCCAAGUCCAGUUUGCAGAUCUCGUGUGGAUCUUGGUAUUCUUGUCGAUGGUUCCAGCAGCGUCGGGCGAAGGAACUUCAGAAAAGUCAUUGACUUCGUGAGAUCUUUGGUCAGCUUCUUCCCUCUGUCCACGCGACAAACACGAGUAGGUGUGAUGCUGUUCUCCUCUCGACCGAGACUCAUGUUUGGAUUCAACAGAUAUGGUUCAAGAGCGCAUAUUGUCAGAGCCAUCAACCGUAUAAGAUAUCUGCCGAGAGGACGGGGAAGUUUUAUUGGACGAGCUCUCAGAUAUGUCCGCCGUGUGCUGUUCCGAAGGCGCGCCAUACAAGGGCGUAAACGCACCCUGCUUAUCUUAUCUGAUGGUGUUUCCUCGGAUGGUGUUCGAGGACCUGCCUCACGCCUUAAGCGAGAGGGAGUGGAGCUAUUCGCCCUUGGAAUCGGCUCGCGAUUCAGCAGAAGUCAGCUACAGAUGAUUGCAUCAAGCCCUCGUAAUGUUUUUGCGGCUGGAUUUAGUCGGCUUGGAAAAGUUAUUCAGGCCAUCAAAGAGAAAGUGUGUCGCCCUACACGACCAACGCCUAGACCGACCGUACCAACGCCGACGAGACCACCUCGUGCCGUUGCACUGUAUCCCCUCAACAGUAGAACCCAAGGACGAGACAUCGGCCCCAGGAAAAAUAAACCCGGGCGUCCCAGUCAGGUACGUCUGGCUUCUGGACCAGACAAGUUCCCACGGGGAUCCUUCUAUUUCACCGGUCGGCGCGGUAGCUACAUCUACUUCCCUAACAAUGGUGGCAUUGAUACCAGGAACUCGAUAACCUUACUAGCUUGGGUCCACCCUGAGAAAGGCGGUCCUAUAUUCCACUACAACCCAAGAGGUUCGGGAGUAAGCUUCUGGAUCCUCAGGAGGAAUACCUUGUAUGUGAAGUUCGUUCGGCGCUCUGGUCGUAGGUCGUUCAUUCUGAGAGCACAAGGUAUUCGCCCGAGGAUGUGGAACUAUAUUGCUGCAACUUAUGACUGUAAGACUGGGCUAGCUACCCUCUGGCGCGAGUCAACGCCAAUUGCACAGAGAAAUAUCGGAAGAGGUUUGAGGCUCGCUACCAAUUAUCCUGCGAUUAUGGGAAGCAGACCAGGAUCUAGGACUCGUUUCCGUGGUCGGAUUGCUUGUAUGCAGGUGUUUGAUGUAGCACUGACUGGACCUCAGAUGAACAAGCGACGCAAUGUUUGUUUCAGAGGUGCCCCCCCACCUGAGCCGCCUCUUCCAGAGUUACCCCCUCUUGUCGCUAUAUUUACCCUGGAUGGGGAGACUAAAACUAAAGAUAUCACUCGUAACAACCCGCCCGGUAUCCCGUCACAUGUCCGUCCAGCACCAGGCCCCGACGGAAAUCCAAAGGGAUCAACUCAGUUUUUCGGCUCGUCAAACAGUUAUAUCGAAUUCCCAAACAAUGGCAAGCUCGAUACCAGGCGUUCUAUAACCAUUUUGGCGUGGAUUUACCACAACGGGCGGUCUGGGCCUAUCUUCAACUACGAUCGACGUGGUUUCGGAGUUCAUCUAUGGAUGGUUGGACCCAGGGUGCUUUUCGUCCGUUUUGUGAAACGUUCAAGAGGGCGAACAUCUUCAGUUGCGACCUACUCUACAAAACCGCGUUAUAGAGCUUGGAACUACAUUGGAGCCACUUACGAUUACAACACUGGCGUCGCUACAUUAUGGCUGGACUCGAAACCUGUAGCGCGACAGAGCAUCGGGCGUUUCGAGCUGGCCACGAAUUAUCCAAUCAGGAUGGGUGCACGAAUUGGCGAUAAAAGGGCUUUUCGUGGUAGAAUUUCCUGUCUCCAAGUCCACAGUAUUGCUUUAAACGCGAAACAGAUACGUGGAGCGCGGAAGCGGUGUUUCAAGAAAUUAACAUCUCCGACACGUCCUCUACCGGAAAUGUGUAAGAUUGCUGUAGACCUCGGGUUCCUGGUCGAUGGAUCUGGAAGUAUCGAGUUCCAAGGGAAAGGAAACUUUGGUCGCAUACUAAACCUCAUUAAAUCGUUGGUCAGCUUCUUUGAAGUGUCUCGAGGGAAAUCACGAAUCGGUUUCGUAUUAUUCUCUUCUCGACCGAUCCCAAUUUUCGGGUUCCGACGGUAUUCGUCCAAAGUUCAAAUCCUCCGAGCGAUCGAUCAGGUGCGUUAUCCUCGAGGGGGCACGCGCAUCGGAAAUGCUUUAGAAUUUACACGAAACUACCUUUUCAAACAACGAACUCCUCGCAAAAGAAAGCAAGUGCUGGUGUUGAUCACUGAUGGUAUUUCACAAGACCGUGUCGGUCCUGCUGCCAGUCGCUUGAAGGCGACUGGUACUGAAGUUUUCGCAGUGGGUGUUGGAAAGAACUACAGGCGUAGACAGUUAUACCAGAUAGCUACGGAUCGGAAGCAUGUAGUGACUGCAUCAUUUAGCAUGCUAAUGACAAUCAUAUUGGCUUUAAAGAAGCAAGUGUGCCAACGGCAGAAAGUUGUACCCAUCGUCCGCCCUGUCACCAAACCAACCGGUACACCUCGAGUGGAGCUUCCCAGAACGCUGGCUGUGUAUCCGCUGGACUACAUUAGGCGCGGACGAGAUCUCAGUCGUAAUCGAAACCCAUCAGCUAGAUUUUAUGGUAUAACAUACAAACAAGGCCCUGAUGGCAGACGGGAUGGCUCUACACAAUUUUAUGGAAGAUCAAAUAGCUACGUGGAGAUUCCUAACACAGGGAAACUAGACGCUAGAUACUCCAUCACUGUCUGUAUUUGGGUUUAUCACGAGGGACGACGGGGAAUCAUUCUGAACUACAAUCCAAACCGCAGAGGCUUCCAGCUGCGUAUGAUCAGUCCCAGAGUACUCCAAGUGAUAAUUGUCCGAAGAACAAAAAGGACGACAAUAACGGUACAGACAGGAGGAAGAAUUAUCAAUUACAAGGCUUGGAGCUACAUUGCUGUAACAUUUGACGAGCGAAGUCAAAUGUUGACCAUUUGGGUGAAUUCCAAACCAGUUGUUAGACGAACAAUUGGUAAAGUUCAGUUGGAAACUAGGAAGGCAAUCAGACUAGGUGGACAGAAAGGCAGCAGGGAAUACUUCCGUGGUCGACUGUUUUGUCUUCAGUUGUACAGUGUGGCACUAAACAGGAAGCAGAUCGAGGAGACAAAGAAGAGAUGCUUCAGGAAAGUUGUGACCCCAUCGCCGACUAUUCCAAUUAAAAAGCCAACACCAACAAAACCACCAGUAUGUCGCUUGAAAGUCGAUCUUGGGUUCCUGGUAGACGGCUCUGGAAGCAUAGAGAACCGAGGCAAAGGAAAUUUCAUGCACAUUCUCGAUUUUAUCAAGACUCUCAUCAGUUUCUUCCCUAUCUCUGCGGGCCAGACCCGGGUGGGUAUGGUAGUGUUCUCCACUCGGCCACACCCGAUCUUCCGUUUUAACCGAUAUUACACCCUGCCAAGCGUUAUCAAGGCAGUUGAUCGUGUGAGAUAUCCAUAUGGAGGAACAAAGCUGGGAAGAGCCCUUGCAUACGUUUCAAGGUACUUAUUUCCGCGAGGAAGGUCAAAAGGCAGAAAGCCAGUUCUUGUUAUCUUGACAGACGGGAUUUCGCAAGAUAAUGUAAUAGGUCCCGCCGAGAGAUUGAAACGGAAAGGAGUGGAAAUCUUUUCUUUGGGGAUUGGUCACAAGUUUAGAAGGCUUCAGCUGCAACAAAUGGCUUCCAGUCCACUGCAUGUGUUCACGGCUGGGUUCAGGAGACUAAGCACUGUUCUUGGUGUAAUUAAAAACAAGGCUUGCACACCAUAUGUGCCGCCAAAAAAGCCUAUGACACCUCCAGCUUGCAACCUAGCAAUUGAUAUUGGCUUUGUCUUGGACGCCUCUGGAAGAGUUGGACAUAACAACUUCAGGCGAAUAAAAAAGUUCGUAGAACUCGUUUCCCGAUCAUUUUCGAUUUCUCGGAGCCGAGCACGUGUAGGAGUCAUCGUAUACGGUUCGUCUGCUCGGAUGCAGUUCGGACUCAACUGGUACACGAAUCCACGCCGGCUGAACCGAGCUAUUAGAAGGAUGCGGUAUACCCGAGGAUCAAGACGCACAGGAAAGGCCUUACAGCUCGCAGUCGGAGCGCUUUUCAGACGCAGUCGACGGAAGAGGGUUCUGAUAACGGUGAUGAGUGGGCCGUCGUAUGAUAGUGUGAAGAUACCAAGUCUACAGAUACAUCGAGCUGGCAUUGAAGUGUUCGCUGUUGGUGUCACCACUCAAGUGAGGAACCAGGAGCUUAGGGCAAUAGCCACUGAUUCUCGUCAUAUUUACAUGGUUAAUUUUAAUUCGCUUUAUGGCAUCGUCAAAAGCAUAGUCAGGAAAGCGUGCAGAGCUCAAAUAACUACGCGGCCGACCAUACGACCAUCUACCCCGUCUCCAUCAAGAAAACCAAGCUUUCCUCAACCCGUUGCUGUCUACACACUGGACAGCAAAACUGGCGCACGUGAUAUCAGCUCAGGAAGAAACAUUCCAGGCAAAAGCUACAACAUUAGAUACGCCCCAGGCCCUUACGGCCAACCUGGCGAGUCAACGGAAUUCUUUGGUCGUCGCAACAGCUACAUCCGUUUCCCCAACUCGGGAAAAUUGGAUGUUAAGGACUCUAUAACACUUCUCGCUUGGAUAUUUCCUAUAGGUCGUGGUCCUAUUUUUGAAUACUUCCGUGGGAUAAGGUUCUGGGUGGUCCGGUCGGACACGUUAUAUGUCCAGUUCAAACGGAGGAACGGGCGGCCUACGCGGGCUUUGAUUAAACGGCGUCUUUACCCACGCCGCUGGAAUUACGUCGGUUGUACGUAUAAUCAGCGAGCAGGCAUAGCUACGCUAUGGGUGGAUUCAAGACCUGUACUAACGCAGAAUAUCAAGCGCAUUAGAUUAGCGACAAAGACAACUGCGUACAUGGGUGGAACAUUCCGCGGGCGCAUAGCUUGUAUGCAAGUUUACUCUAAGGCACUGACUGGACCUCAGAUUAAAAAAGUCAAGAACCUUUGCAAUAAACCAGGUCCUCCAACUAAACCCAUAAAGCCACCUACAGCUUUACCUCCAGCCAUGGCUUUCUAUCCCUUAAACGUUCGAUAUAACACCCGUGACGUCAGCAGAAGUAAAAACCCAUCAGGGCGCAUGGCAAAUGUGCGCCCUGGCGUAGGACCAGACGGAAGGCCAGGUGGCUCAUUUAGGUUCAAAGGUCGCUCUGACAGUUACAUCGAGUUCCCGAACAAAGGCCGAUUAGACGCUCGGAAUUCAAUCUCUAUUCUGGCUUGGAUAAAUCCGGAUGGCCCCGUAGGACCGAUCUUUAAUUACAAACCGGAUGGGUUUGGUGUCCACUUGUGGAUGGUGCGUCGACGAGUGUUACUUGUUCGUUUCGUGACUCGUGCACGAAAGUUUACAGCUGCCGUGCAAACCAACCUUAUCAAGCCCAAGGCCUGGAAUUUCGUCACUGCUACUUAUAAUCAGCGUACGGAAUAUGCCCGAUUAUAUAUCGAUUACAGAGAAGUUGCCCGGAAAAGAAUCGGUAGGAUUCGACUGGCUACAAACUAUCCUGCUAGAAUGGGUGCGCGGAUUGGAGAUAAGCGGUAUUUCCGUGGACGAAUUACAUGUUUGCAGAUCUAUGACGUACCACUGCGACCAAUACAGAUCCAAUUGGCUAAGAGGCUUUGUUUGAAGACAAAAGUUUUCACACCUACUCCAACACCCACACCAACACCUACCAAACCGGGCCCGCCAAGACCUUGCAGAGCAAACAUGGAUCUAGGAUUCCUGAUAGACAGCUCUUACUCCUUGCGUCGAUCAGGCAGAGGAAUUUUCCGUCUACUUACCCGGAACAUAGCGCGACUUCUCUACUCACUGCGAAUUUCAACCCAAGAAACCCGCGUCGGUGUAGUCACGUACGCGUCAAGACCGAAGCCUUUGUUCCGAUUUAACCGCUUCUUUAGGGCGUCUUCCAUGCUUUCAGUCAUAAGAAGGAUUCGACCACAAAGAGGUCCUCUCAGGAUAGGAAAAGCUCUCCACUAUACCCGUAGGUACUUGUUUAGAAGAAGAAGGCAAUGUGGACGGAAGCGUGUGCUCGUGGUAUUUGCAAGUGCCCGCUCAGUAGACCGUGUACAGCGGACGGGACGCGUUUUAAAACGUAUUGGAAUUGAAGUAUUUGUUGUCGCUAUUGGUAGAAGGACAAGCAAAACACAGUUAUACCAGAUCGCUACAAAUGGACUCCAUGUGUUUACAGCUUCGUUGAGGACAUUAUCAGCGGUGCUGAAUGCUGUGCGAGUCAAAGCUUGUUCAGUAACUGGAUCGGCAGCUGCCAGAGUUAUAUACCCUCUUAAUGGCGUCACUCGAGGAAGAGACAUAAGUAUCAACCGCAACAGAGCUGCUAGACUUGUGAACGUUAAACCGGCUCCAGGACCUGACGGCCUCCCAUUGGGUUCGUACUAUCUUCAAGGCAUCGCAAACAGCUACAUCUUGUUCCCAAACAAGGGUUGCCUGGAUACAAAGAACUCCCUUACCAUCGUUGUGUGGGUCUACCCCGAAGGUAGCGGACCAAUCUUCCACUAUUUUCCUCGCGGAUGGGGAGUGCAUCUGUGGAUGAAAAAUCCUCGCACUCUCCUGGUGAAGUUCGUGCCGAGGUCCCUGCAGACCAUCAGCGUUGUCACAAGCCGGAGAAUCAAACCAAAGACUUGGAAUUACAUAGCUGCAACUUAUGACUACGUCACGGGUCUGGCCACUCUAUGGAAUGACGCCAUACCGAUAUCACAGAGAAACAUCGGGAAGAUUCAGUUGGCUACCAACUACCCGGCAAUAUCAGGGAAGAAGCCCCGGGACAGAAGGAUCUUCCGAGGGCGGAUCGCUUGUCUUCAGAUUUACGAUCGAGCACUGACCGGAAGACAGCUUAGGAGAAUCAAAAAGAAAUGUUUCAGAGCCCGACCUACACCAACUCGACCACCUCCAGAACUUCCUCUAUUGGUGGCUGUUUAUCCACUGGAUAGAAUCAAUGGCGCUCGUGACAUCAGCCCACGUAAAUGCCCCACUGGAAGACGCGUUGGCGUAAGAAUUGCCCCGGGCCCAGACGGAAGGAAAGACGGAGCUACUGAAUUCCUUGGCAACCGUAACAGUUACAUUGAAAUCCCAAAUAACAAUGGAAAACUCGACACGGUGGCGUCGAUCUCCAUUUUGACGUGGAUUUACCACGAAGGUCUAAAAGGUCCCAUAGUCAACUACAGGGCAGGUCCCGGAUGGGGCGUGCACCUGUGGAUGAUUGGACCACGCACGCUUUUUGCGCGGUUCGUCCGCAGAGAUGGCGUAUUUACUAAGGCGGUAGUCGUCACCAGCAGAAAAAUACGUUACAGGGCAUGGAAUUACGUUGGUGCUACAUACGACUUCAAGACUGGAGUUGCUAAACUCUGGGUUAAUUCCAGGUUACUUGUUGUUAAGAGUAUCGGACGAUUCCGAUUGGCAACAAACUAUCCAAUCAGGCUUGGAGCACGACAUGGCGACAAACGCUACUUUAAGGGAAGAAUCUUCUGCGUGCAGAUCUAUAGUCGCGCGCUGAACCGGAAACAAAUUUUAGCGGCUAGUAAAACCUGCUUCAGGCCCUUUCCCAUAACCAAACCCAAGCCACCAACGCCGACACAUCCAAUAUCAACACCAACACCAACACCAACAAAACCUAAAGGACCAUUUAAAGCCUCAGCAUUCUACCCUCUAACCUCGCGUACCAGAGGUCGUGACAUCAGUGUCUUCGGCAACCCACCAGGAAAGCUUGGCUACGUACAAUCAGCACCAGGCCCUGACAAAUUACCUGGAGGUUCAUACCAGUUUUUUGGACGCCGGGACAGCUACAUACAGUUCCCAAACAGAGGGAAAUUGGACACGAGACGAUCAAGCACAAUCAUCGCAUGGAUCUACCACGAGGGACGUGCGGGCCCGAUCUUCAACUACAUGCCAAACGGCUGGGGAGUGCAUUUGUGGAUGGUGUCACCGCGAACGCUUUUUGUACGUUAUACGCGUCGACAAGGAAGAAAAUCCACGACUGCUCUUGCUAGUCCUCGUAUUAAACCUCGCACAUGGCAGUACAUUGCUGCCACAUACGACCACUAUACGGGCUAUGCAAAGUUGUAUUUAGACAGUAAAGUAAUAGCGCAAAGGAGAUUGGGCCGAAUUCGUCUAGCGACAAAUUAUCCUGUGAGGAUGGGUGCCAGGAUAGGAGAUGGGCGGUAUUUCCGCGGGCGCAUAUCUUGUGUAAUGGUUUUUGAUGUGGCAUUGAACCCCAAUCAGAUUGCACGCAGGAAGAAGCGCUGCUUUAGACGUGGACCGCCAGGACCAUCCGGAAAAGUUUGUAAACCCAAGAUCGACCUCACCUUUGUUAUAGACGCUUGUACGGAAAACGACCGCUUUACCAAAGCUAACUUCCUCCGUCUGAAGACCUUCCUGAUUCGUUUGAUUAGCGAGCUGCGUAUCUCCGCUAAACGAGUACGAAUCAGCUUGAUUACGUACGCGAAGUUUCCCAAACUCUUAAUCAAUUUCAGCGCCAAAAAGUCCUACGUCAUCAGAGUCAUCAAAAACAUGAAACGUGUAUGCGGAGCUCGUUAUACAGGGGCUGCCUUGCAGUACUCAUACAGGAACAUCAUAAGCCGGACCUCAAGGAGAAAGGUCCUGGUUUUGACGAGCACUGGCCCGUCCAGAGAUGAUAUCCGGGGUGCAACAGCUUUGAUUCAAAGGUCAAGAGUAGAAGUAUUUGCUAUGGGCAUAGGAAGGCGUUACAACUUUAGGGAGCUGCAGUACAUUGCUACUGAUCGUCGACAUGUCUAUACAGCAGCGUAUAGGAAUAUUGAGUCCUUGGUUACACUCAUGAAAAAGAAGGUCUGCAAGUCAGAUAAAUUCGUGACACCUGUCAAACCAGUUAUACCCAGGCCUCCAACACGUCCACCAACUCGUCGACCUCCGAAGCCCGGACCUGCGCGUGCUUUAGCAAUUUAUCCUCUUCAGUACCGAAUCAAAGGAAAAGACGUUGGUCUCUUCGGAAACCCACCUGGCAUUCUUGGCUUUGUGAGGCCUGCGGUCGGACCUGAUGGAAAACCCGGUACAUCAUACCAGUUUUACGGUCGGAGAAACAGCUUGAUCCGAUUCCCAAAUCGCGGUCGUUUAGACGCACAAAAGGCAAUAACGUUACUUGCUUGGCUUUACCCCGAGGGCCCUGGACCGAUCUUCAAAUACGGCGUCGAUUUCUCUGUCGGUAGAGCGCGUAGUUUGUUUAUACGAAUUUUCCCGCGUGGAUCACGGAACAGCCGAAUUCGCCCACUGAGGGCGCGCGGAGUAUUGCGAUACCGAAGAUGGCACUUUGUAGCCGCCUCUUAUGAACAGAAAACGGGUGAAACAAGGAUUUAUGUGAAUGGAAGACUCGUUUCUCGCACGCGGCUCAGAAGAGUUCGUCUUGGUACUAACAUUCCUGCAAUCAUGGGAGCUGCAAGAAGCAGAUACUUCCGUGGGAGAAUCUCCUGUAUGCAAGUUUAUGGACGGGUUCUGUCCAGGUGGCAGAUCAUCAAGCGAAAGACAAAAUGCUUUAAAGGAGUGCAUCCACUUCCCGCACGACCAACACCGGUUCGCCCUACACGUCCUCGUAAGCCCCCAGUUCGUCCAGUUAUCAACCCGAGAGCUCAGGCUGUGUACCCACUCAGUUUGCGUACGCGCGGUCGUGACCUCAGUUUGUAUCGUAAUCCCGCGGGAAGCGUUCGAAGCGUCAGGUACAUAACAGGCCCGGACGGAAGACCCAACACAGCGACGCGAUUCCUCGGACACCAAAACAGCUUCAUCGAGUUCCCUAACCGCGGUAAACUCGACACUAAGCGGUCCAUUACUUUACUGGCAUGGAUUUACCACGAAGGACGUGCAGGACCAAUAUUCAACUACAUGCCGAACGGCUGGGGCGUGCACUUUUGGAUGGUUUCACCGACGACGCUGUUUGUACGGUUUACGCGUCGUAAAGGAAGGCGAUUUACAGCGGCGGUUACAACCAGAGUCCUAAAUCGUCGAUGGCAGUUUGUUGGUGCAACUUACGAUGGCACAACUGGCGUUGCUAAGCUAUUUGUGAACAGGCGGUUUACUGCAAGUAGGCGCAUUGGAAAGAUAAGACUGGCCACGAACUAUCCUGUACGGAUGGGAGCUCGCGCUGGUGAUAGGCGUUACCUCUUCGGUCGUAUUUCCUGCAUGCAGGUGUAUGAUCAGCCCUUAUCAGCAUCACAAAUUUUACGUCGGAAAAAGAGAUGCUUCACUCGAGGUCCUAUCAUCGUUCCACCGGUCAUUCGUCCAGCUGGACCAGUUUGCGUAGCCAAGAUUGAUUUAGGUUUCGUCAUCGACGCCUCCGGAAGCAUCGAAGCCUCGGGCAGAGGGAACUUCAAACGUUGCCUUAAUUUCAUCAAGAGAUUAGUGGCUUCAUUUAAAAUCUCAAGGCGUUACACUCGCGUUGGAGCUGUUGUUUAUUCAAGAAGGGUUCGUAAAGUGUUUGGUUUUAACACAUACAACAACAAAAGAUAUCUCAUGAAAGCUAUUGACCGUAUUCCAUACCUCCGAAGCAUCACCAGGACGGGCUACGCUUUGUCAUUUGCCCGGCGUAACCUGUUUAAUAGCAGGCGCAGAAACAGCAAGCCAGUUUUAAUCGUGAUGACUGACGGAAUAUCCAAUGACCGCGUGCGCGGAAGUGCACUGGCACUAAAGCGCGCAGGAAUAGAAGUAUUUGCCAUUGGAAUUGGAAAGAACUACAACAUUGGACAGCUCAUGCAGAUAGCCUCCACAAAGAGACAAGUCUACGUAGCGGGAUUUAGGAAUCUGCAAAAUAUUGUUCGAGUGAUAAAGUCUAAAACUGACUAG